GUGUAACUAUGGCGGACAGUAGUGAGAACUAGUCAAUGAACUCGACAGAUUUGAGUAAUCCUUACCAAGAGCUUGGCGUUUCCGAAAACUCCAGCCACGAAGAAAUUAAACGAGCUUAUCAAAGACUUGUACUAAAGGUACACCCAGAUAAAUUGGAUGAAUCAUUAAGUCAAGAAGAUCGUGACGAAGCCUACAGGAGGUUUCUGGCCAUUGACAAGGCUUGGAAAAUCCUUAAUAACCAAGAAACAAGAGCAGACUGUGACAGGCAACUCAAAGAACAGGGUUUGUCACAAGAUUGGCCAGUAAGUGAUGAAGUAGAUUUGGAUGACAUGGAAUAUCAUGAAGAUACAGAGAGUUAUUCAAGUGUGUGUCGCUGCAGUGGAGAGUAUGUGAUAAGUGACAGUGAUUUGGAAAAUGGACACAACAUUGUAUGUUGUUCAAACUGCACCUUGAGCAUCAGAGUGCUAUACAAUGUGCUUUCAGAUGAUGCCAGUAAUGACCAGUAACAGAGCAGGGAGAAAAUUUAUAGAGAUAAUUUCUUGGUGGGCAA